UUUUUUUUUUUUUUUUUUGUGAAUAUCUAAGCCUAAAAGUAAAUGAAAAGUAAAAAGGCCAAAAGUAAAUGUUGCAUUAUAUGCAAUUUAAGCUUGAAAUGCCACCUAAACAGAUUGUGUUUUACUGGAUACAUUGUUGCAUUUAAAACUGCUUAAGUGCAGCAAAAUGACACAUUUAAAAUUACGUUUAACUUGACUUAAUAUAACUUAACUUUUAAUACUGCAUUCGUAAAACAGUGCACAAGAUGACUAAAAUCAUUUUAUAUGUACAUAGUCCAAAAAUAAGUUGAAUGUAGAAAACCUGUCCUGUGUGAACAACCUCUAAAGUCAUAUGUUUAUGUUCAAUGAUAAGGAAAUAAAAUAGUAUUUUGACUUCAAAAUCCACCAUUUACUUGUCUGCCACAGUUUUCUUACUUGUCAAAGUCUUCAUUUGCAGCUUUGCAAUCAGUAUAUGCAAUUAAUUUGAAUACAUUUUUGAUUUACAACCUAAAAUCAAACCAUUAUUAUGCACAAUGCAAAUGACUUCCUGAUGCAAGCUAGUGUUCUUUAAUCUUUAUAACCACUUGUACUGAUCUUACAGUUCAGAAUAAUUUUGAAAUUCUCUAUGACUAAUAAAUAUUUUUGUUUUGACUGCAAUUAUGGUACCAUGAGCUUCACAGCAUAACACACUUCAGCAUCCUCCCACAAUGGUAAACGCAUGGAUGUUGGACAGCUAACUGAGAUGGUGCUUUAUUCUUUUUAUGCUUUAAAGAGAGCAUAACCAGCCUAUCGCUAACUAUCAGAUAAACAGGAGUUUUGAAAAGGGUUCUUGUUAAGUGUGGCCAUCGACAGUCUCAGUUCUCAGGAAUUUGUUUGCAUGGUACAGAGGAACUAGGUGUUAAAAUGUUUGGCCAAUAGCUCAGUCUGCACUUAUCAGCAAACAACCCAGCAGCAGAAGUUGAUUUCUGAAACAUUGCAAAACGCAUUGUGAAGCUUACUUUGUGAGAAUUCUGCUUCCUAUUCAGUUGUAAUAUAAGUCACAAUGACUUCAACUGUAUAUCCAGAUUAUGAUAAAUAUUUACAAGCGUUAACUGGAGUCAGCAAUUCAAUAGAAGAGCAACUUCAUGAGGACUCAAAUCCUGGAUACUGCAGGGAAGCAGCAUGUGUGAUCACAGUGAUCUUUAAUGUGAUCAUAUUCCUUCUUGGCAUCACUGGAAAUGGUGCAGUGAUCUGGAUUACUGGUUUUAAGAUGAAGAAGUCAGUGAACACCACUUGGUAUCUGAGUCUGGCUUUGUCUGACUUCAUUUUCUGUGCUACUCUUCCUUUCACCAUUGACAACAUAGUUAAGAACAACUGGAUCUUUGGGCUCUUCCUGUGCAAGUUCAACGCUUUUGUAAUGACCCUCAAUAUGUACAGCAGCAUUUUCAUCCUGGUCAUCAUAAGUGUGGAUCGUUGCAUCACCGUCAAGUUUCCUGUCUGGGCCCAGAAUCGGCGCACUGUACAGAAAGCUUCUUUAGUUGUUGUGUUGGCUUGGUUUGUGUCUUCUUUGCUUAGCAUUCCAUCUGUAAAAUUCAGAGAGAUUCUAAAUAAAUCACCAGAAGAAUGCUAUGCCAAAUAUGAGGAUCACCACAAAACCGUCGUGUUCGUGCGCUUUACGUUUGGGUUUUUGAUUCCAUUCCUGACCAUUUUCACCUGUUAUGCCAUCCUGAUCCAUAAACUUAGAGCAAACCAAAUGUCCAAAUCCACCAAGCCCUACAAAAUCAUGACUAUACUGACCACAACUUUUUUCAUCUGUUGGUUGCCAUUCCAAAUAGUUUCUGUUUUAGAGUUGGACAGAUCUGUGCACAACUCUGCAUUUAAAACAGCUCAACAAGUAUCUGCUACUCUCGCCAGUGCAAACAGCUUUCUAAACCCGUUCCUCUAUGCAUUCAUGGCCAAGGACUUAAAGAAGAAAUGCUAUUCCUUUCUUUCGAAUAUUGAGAGCGCCAUUGAUGAAGAGACCCGAAGUGCUUUCAGAACAACUUCAAUUACCAGUUCUGUGGAUAACAAACUUCCCACUGCUGUCUGAAAUUUUAACAUGAGUCAUGGACUAAAGAUAUUUCUCUUAAUUCUCUUCCGAGUGUAAAUGGAGAACAUGGUUUAUAUAAAUGACAUUAUUAACAAGUAAUGUGACAGCAUUAACAAGUAAUGCAAUUUUUUAGUCUGUUGCAUGAGUUUAGAAAUUUACAAAUAGAUUUUACAAGCUAAAAAAAUAAUAAAUAAAUAAAGAAGAAGAAUAAAUAAAUGUAAAUAGAGGUUUAAUAAAAGCUACUUUACAGGUCAUUGUAAAUUAAAAUGCCACUUUACGUAAUGAUUUCUUGAUGACAGCUAUUAAAUAUUUACUGUUUUUAUCUUAUCAUUUGUGCAUGUUUAACACAUGAUGCUGAUUAACACAUAUACUGUAUAAAUAUAUUGGGGUGGGGCGUAUAAAAGAAUUUGGGUGUUUUUGAAUGUACAGAAUGUUUUAAACAUCAUUUGUUGUCAUGCUCCACAUCUCUCUCUCUCUCUCUCUCUGUUUUGGUAACAUAUGCAUAAAAAUAUAUAAUAAAAAAUCUUGUUCUUACCAUU